CUCCUUCUCAUGCUGACUGAAAGGAAAGUGCUAACAGCUAUUGCAUAGACUUUUAUUUACCAAAAAUACUAAAUGAUACGUUAUUUAAACCACCCGUAGUGUUUUAUUACACUUGUUUGUUGUCGCUUAUUAAAUUAGACAGCUAGAGUGUAAAUUUAACUCUUCAUUCUCCGGUGUUUUCCCAGGGUUAGCUUUGCCGGUUAGCAUCCAGGCUAACCAGUGUAGCCGUUGACAUUUCCGCAACAAGGUGACGUCAUAGAGGAGAGCGCGUUACCUGCUGUUGACCACCUGUCUGUAGUUUCAUAGUUUUGUCUUUUACCCAAGGGGGUAGGAGCUUUAUGUUGAAACACGUCUCCGCUGCUCUCAAACUUUUCCCCCGCAGUCUUCUUUCCACCUCCCCGCGGACUUUAACCCGAGCCUCCAGCCUCCUCCUUCAGGUCAGGAGGAUGGAGUCCGCCGUGGUGAGGUGUGUCCCCGGGGAGCCCAAACUCACCAUCUCUUUCUGCCUGGACGGCAGCCACAAACACUUGCUGAGAGACCAGGAUGAAGCCCUGGGUAAAGUCCUCUCCAGAAUCUCUAACAACAUCGCUAAGGGUCAGGGAAAGGCGAAGAAGUCGAAGAAGAAAAAGGACCAGCAGCCGUGUGAAGCCCCGGAGCCCGCUGUGGUGAAGCUGUUCUAUGAAGGGGCAGAGGUGGCGGAUACGGUGCUGAACUCGGAGGCGUGGCAGGAUGGCGCCGUGCUGCAGGUGGGGGACUUGAGGUACUCGGUGCAGAGAAACGCCCCCACUUUCACCAACGCGGAGCUCCCGGUGUCUCUGCUGGCUGGUUUCCCUGUCUGUCCAAACCUGGAGGUGGAGUUUGGAAACCUGGGAGACUGCGAGUUCACCUGGUAUAAAGAAAAUACUCCAAACACAAGCUCUGAAGCUGCUGCAGAAGCUCCAUCUGACGACAGCAGUUGGACAAAGGUCGGAUGUGGGAGGGUCCACGUCCCGUCCAAUCAGGACAUCGGCUACAGACUCAAACUGUGCUGCACGCCCAAAGAUGGAGAACGUAGCGGCGUGGUGAAGGAGCUGAUCUCAGUAGGAGCUGUAGAGGCUGGGCCAGGUGUCUGCACGUUUGACAACAGACAUGCGUACACAGUCAGAGAGGCGGAAUGGCCGUCUGUGAGAGUGAUGACUUACAACAUCCUCGCUGAUGUCUACGCACAAACUGAGUUUUCCAAGACUGUGCUCUACCCGUACUGUGCUCCCUACGCCUUGCAGCUGGACUACAGGUUGAAUCUGAUCAAGAAGGAGCUGGCAGGGUACAACGCUGACAUUAUCUGUCUGCAGGAGGUUGACCAAGGUGUGUUCACGGACAGUCUGACUCCGACUCUUGAUGCCUUUGGCCUGGAUGGCGUGUUCAAGGUUAAAGAGAAGCAGCAUGAAGGACUGGCCACUUUCUAUCGCAGGUCAAAAUUUAAGCUGCUGAGCUGUCAUGACAUCGUACUGGGUGAAGCGUUGGCCUCUGACCCUGUCCACUAUGAGCUGCUGGAGAGAGUUUCAGCCAACAGCGCUCUGAAGGAGAAGAUACUGCAGAGAUCCACAAGCCUGCAGGUCAGUUUCCUGGAGGAUUUGAAUAAACCAGGCAGGAGGGUUUGUGUGGCAAACACACACCUGUACUUCCACCCAAAAGGAGGUAACGUCCGUUUAGUCCAGAUGGGCGUGACUUUAAAACACCUUAGUCAUGUGAUCAAUGAGGUCUCACCUGGAGCUGCUCUCAUCUUUUGUGGUGACUUUAACUCUGUCCCUAACUCAGGUGUGUUCCAGCUGCUCACUGAGACUGUAGUUCCUCAGCAGCAUGCAGACUGGAGCAGCUCAGGGCCAGAAGAGCUCUGCAGGAUGGAGCUGCUGUCUGACUUCCCCUCGUUGCUGAGCGCCUGCGGUCAGCCCGCCUACACAAACUACGUCGGGGGAUUUCACGGCUGCCUUGACUACAUCUUCAUCCAACCGGACAGCAUGCAGGUGAAGACACCAACCCCAGAGUUAUUACCAGUCUCAUGGACAUUUAACACCAGUGGAGCAGGUGAUUCCUCUGCCCACCCAUCAGGAGGUCACCACCUACGAAGCUCUUCCCAGCGUAGCUCAUCCCUCCGACCACAUCGCCCUGAUCUGCGACCUUCGCUGGAACCCCUGACCCCUGACCUCUGACCAUCUGGACAUUGACGCAGGAGGCAUUGACGUUGAGUUGCUACUACAAACACAGCCUGCCUUUAGAUUUCUUUCUGUUUGAUCCAAGUCUGAGUGUGGAAACGUGUUUCUGCAGGUUUACUGGAGGAAUGUAGUAGUGAGAAUCGUCAUAUCACAAAACUGAACUGGCUUAUGUUAAAUUAUGAUUAAAUGCUGUAAAUAUGUUCACACUACAUUUUUACAGAAUAACAGGUAAUGAAUUUCAGUCACUGAUAUUCAGUCAAUGUCGCAAAUAUAAUCAAAUAAAACGUGUGGUUUUUAAAUAAAAGGUACAAACUCAGACUUCUCGGUGGUUGG